GUGUCCAGCACAAUUUUCACUCUAGUAUGAAAUAAACUGAAGGUCAAGGGGUCAGAGGGUAAAGGCUAUUCCCCCAGCAUUCUCGCAUGUAGGAUACACAGCCAUCUUGGAUCUGCGAGGAGAGAGUAAAUUAAUGCGGUGACAAACGGAAUGUUCAGUGCAACGAGAAAGAAGUUUGGGGAGGGGGUCGAAAGUGACUACCCUGAUGAGAGCUUGUACUAUGCCCAGCAGUCAAUGUUCCCGCAUCGAUCGGAGAAAGACAUGCUGCCAUCUCCCUCGCCGUCAUCGUCAGGUCAAUUGUCACAGCUUGGUGCGAGUUUGUAUGGUCCUCAAAGUGCACUAGGUUUCUCAAUACGAGGCAUGAGCAACAACAACCCUCAAUUAAACCGGAGUUUAACACAAGGCACUCAGUUACCGAGCCAUAGCACCCCAACAACAGGCGUCCCAACAAUGUCCCUUCACACACCACCUUCGCCGAACAGAGGCAUCCUGCCUAUGAACUCCAGGAACAUGAUGAGUUCACAGGUAGGGCAGGGCAUGGGCAUGAGCGGCAGGACCAACAGUAUGGGCAGCUCUGGCCUGGGUAGCCCUAACCGCAGCUCUCCUAGCAUUAUCUGCAUGCCUAAGCAGCAGCCAGCACGCCAGCCAUUCACCAUCAACAGUAUGUCAGGAUUUGGAAUGGGCCGGAGCCAGGGGUUUGGCAUGAACUCCUUACCCAAUAACAUCUUCAACGGGACAGAUGGGAGUGAAAAUGUGACCGGAAUAGACCUCUCAGAAUUCCCAGCACUUGCAGACAGAAGUCGGAGGGAGGGAAAUGGCAACCCUACACCGUUGCAUAAUCCGCUGGCUGGAAGGGCACCUUAUGUUGGAAUGGUCACAAAGCCAUCGAACGAACAGUCGCAGGACUUUUCCAUUCACAACGAAGACUUCCCAGCCCUGCCAGGGCCCAACUACAAGGACUCAACAUUGAGCACGGAUGAAAGCAAAUCAAGCUUGAACUCUUCAGGAAAGGGCAGCUCAAGUGCAGAUGGACCCAAGUUUCCCGGCGACAAGACAUCAUCAGCACAGAAUAACAACCAGCAAAAGAAGGGGAUCCAGGUGUUGCCUGAUGGCAAGGUAACUAACAUUCCCUCAGGAAUGGUGACGGAUCAGUUUGGGAUGAUUGGACUCCUGACAUUCAUCCGGGCAGCUGAGACGGACCCUGGGAUGGUUCACCUGGCUUUAGGAAGCGACCUAACAACACUAGGACUCAACCUCAACUCUCCAGAGAAUCUGUAUCCUAAGUUUGCAUCUCCCUGGGCUUCAGCUCCAUGUCGACCACAAGACAUCGACUUCCAUGUUCCCUCAGAGUACUUAACCAACAUUCACAUAAGGGACAAGCUGGCUGCAAUAAAACUGGGACGAUACGGUGAAGACCUGCUGUUUUACCUCUACUACAUGAACGGAGGAGACCUCUUACAACUCCUCGCUGCUGUUGAGCUCUUCAACCGGGACUGGCGGUACCAUAAAGAAGAAAGGGUUUGGAUCACAAGAGCACCUGGCAUGGAGCCCACGCUAAAGACCAACACCUACGAGAGAGGAACAUACUACUUCUUUGAUUGUCAUAACUGGAGGAAGGUCGCUAAGGAGUUUCACCUGGAAUACGACAAGCUAGAGGAGCGGCCUCACGUGCCCACCACCUUCAAUUACAAUCCGGCCCAGCAGGCCUUCUGAAGCAGAGUCCGUCAGCGGCAACAGACAGCCAGCCGACCUGCCUGACCACAAAAACCUGGUUUUAUU